GGUUGGUGACUCGGUCGGCGGCGACAUGGCGACGGCACUGCUUGUGGUUCUGGGGCUCGCGCUGCUGGGCGUCGAGAGCGGCUCCGGGGCGGGGAGCAGGAUCUCAACUUUCAUAGAAGAUUCUGGCUCCACAACACUCCUCACCUGCACCUUGAAUGCCAGUGACACUGAGAUCCUAGGACACCGCUGGAUGAAGGGAGACAGGGUGCUGCAUGAGGACACGCUGUCCAAUCUGACAACACAGUAUGAGGUGAAAACAGAUGAGAGCAUGGGACAGUACUUCUGCAUCUUCCUCCCGGAGUCUGCAGGCAGGGCCAACGUGGAUGUGAAGGGGCCCCCCAAGAUUAAGGCUGUGAAGAAGUCAGAACAUGCCACCGAGGGGGAGACAGUCGUGCUGGUCUGCAAGUCUGAGUCUUUCCCCCCAGUUACCAAGUGGUUGUGGUACAAGAUGAGUGAUAACGGAGACCAGGUUCUCACCAACAACUCCCAGAACAAGUUUGUGGUGUUCUUGGAGGACAAGACAGAACUGCACAUCCAGAACUUAGACCUGGAGGCUGAUCCUGGUAAAUAUGCCUGCAAUGGCACCAAUGCAGAGGGCACUGGCCAGGCCGUAAUCACACUGCGCGUACGCAACCGUCUUGCAGCCCUCUGGCCCUUUCUGGGUAUCGUGGCUGAGGUGCUCGUGCUGGUCACCAUCAUCUUCAUCUAUGAGAAGCGACGGAAGCCGGAUGAGGUCCUGGAUGAUGAGGACACAGGCUCCGCUCCACUGAAGAGCAGCGGACACCACAUGAACGACAAAGAUAAGAACGUUCGCCAGAGGAACGCCAACUGAGGGAGCUAGUGAGUGAGGCAGUGAGGAGGAGUCUGCACAGGCCUGAGCUGCUGUCCAGAGGAGCCCGGUGUUCCAGGUGUUCCUGGUGUUUGCACCAUUCCAAGUCCUCUCCUCUUGAAGGAAACCUACCCUGCAAAGUAGACCAAACUGUGGAUUCAAAUCACAUGUUUUCUCGUUUUCAAAAGAAACUAAACUAGGGUUUUCUCUAUGUAGAUUUCCAUUCCUUAGGGGUAUUGUUUUUUAUUUUUAAGAGCACUCCAGGGGAGCCUUGAGGUUCUGUGGGAGGCCCCUGCUGUCCCCUACCCAUACCCUCAGUAUGCCCUGGGCAUUUUAAUUUAGCCUUCUAGUCCAAUCAUGCUAGGUGACUGUGGAAGGCAGGCUGGCUUUUCCCUGAUACUCCUUCCACAGCUCACCUCCUGAGGCUGCUGGGCCUUGGUUCUGUCGCUUCCCUGCCCUUUUCAGGAGGUCACAGGUCACGAUGCCUGGCAUCCUGGCUGUCUGAAGCAAGUGCUAUCACAUCACUGCAGGUCUGUGUGACCUGGGACAGCCUGACCUCAUGGCCGCCCCUCAGGGUAUCCCUCUUACUACUCCUGCUGUCCCCACACGUGGGGGUGGUAGUUUGGGUGACCAUGGAGUGGGAGUUGCUGUAACAGCCCCAUUCCCAUCUGUGCCCAUGGUGACUGAAGAAACCCCACCCUAGCUGGGCCUGAGGCUUCUUUCUCCACAGCAUCCUGACUCACAUGGGAACCCCCCACCCCACCUGCCUGCUCACCAAUAAAGGCUGACCCACCUCUCCCUC